AUUUGAUCUGAAGACCUAUGAUAUUGGCAAAUGCUUCAAUUUGGUCAGUGUUAAAACGAAUAGUGAACAUAUUCUACUAAUAUGAUAAUGCAGUGGUCUCUGAAGCUCCUUUUGAUAUCCACGUGGGUAUGGAAUAUCCAAGGGGCCAACAUUUUGUUCAUUCAUCCUCUUUUUGCUGGAUCACACGUUAGCCUUUUGAGGACUAUUGGCGAACAUUUGGUUGGUCAGGGUCAUAAUGUGACAAUCAUCUCUUUCAAACAAGUUGGUGCUCCUUUGAAGAGUUCAAGCACGCAUCAGAUUCAAAUCCCCAUUGUGGACAAACUCAAGACGUGUAGGAGUUACAUCAAUGAAAAAGGUGAAUUUGACGUCAAUUUGAAACUGGCUCGGUCUUUGUGGGAAACGGGUGCUUUCUUGUCGUACCAGACAACCGAUCUGGGUUGUAUGGCUUUCUGUCAUUGUGAUACGCUUUUUGAGAGCCAAACCCUGAAAGAUCUAAUGGCAUCCGUGAAGUUCGAGUUAGUGUUGGUGGAUCUCAAAGGCAACGAAUGUGGUUUCAAAUGGAUAUCCUUCUUCAAUCUACCAACAGUUGCAUUCUGGGGACUUUCAUUCGUAAGUGGUAACUCGAAUUUGAUGCGAGCGGGUCCAAAUCCAUUCCAAGCUCCUCAAAUCUCAUCCCGGAGUGGUCAAGCCAUGGGCUUUUUCAAUCUUAUUCGGAACUUCUAUUUGUUCUGUUUCGACUA